UUCCAAUUUAGUGUUCUCCCUCUAUUCAUAGAACAUUUCCUCAAGUCCACUCUGAAUAGAGGCUGCAUCACAACCAGGGGAUUGCCCUGUCUCCUCCCAGGGCUCUUAAUACAAACUCUUCAACUAGUAAUUGAGGUGUCAUCAGAGGAGAUUUUUCUGAUUGGCCAAAACUUGACCUGGCAGGGUUUGGUUUGGGUAUCUUUAGAUUUCCUUGUCUCGAGGUCCUCACAAUUGCUCUAGAGCUCAGAACGGCAACUGCUGAGGCUGCCUUGGGAAGAGGAUGAUCCUAAACAAAGCUCUGUUGCUGGGGGCCCUCGCUCUGACCACCGUGAUGAGCCCCUGUGGAGGUGAAGACAUAGUGGCUGACCACGUUGCCUCUUACGGUGUAAACUUGUACCAGACUUACGGUCUCUCUGGCCAGUACACCCACGAAUUUGAUGGAGACGAGCAGUUCUACGUGGACCUGGAGAGGAAGGAGACUGUCUGGCGGUUGCCUCUGUUCAGCAAAUUUGGAGGUUUUGACCCGCAGGGUGCACUGAGAAACUUGGCUGUGGGAAAACACAACUUGAACAUCCUGAUUAAACACUCCAACUCUACCGCUGCUACCAAUGAGGUUCCUGAGGUCACAGUGUUUUCCAAGUCUCCCGUGAUGCUGGGUCACCCCAACACCCUCAUCUGUCUUGUGGACAACAUCUUUCCUCCUGUGGUGAACAUCACAUGGUUGAGCAAUGGGCGCUCAGUCACAGAAGGGGUUUCUGAGACCAGCUUCCUCUCCAAGAGUGAUCAUUCCUUCUUCAAGAUCAGUUACCUCACCUUCCUCCCUUCUGCUGAUGAGAUUUAUGACUGCAGGGUGGAGCACUGGGGCCUGGACGAGCCUCUUCUGAAACACUGGGAGCCUGAGAUUCCAGCGCCCAUGUCAGAGCUCACAGAGACUGUGGUCUGCGCCCUGGGGUUGUCUGUGGGCCUCGUGGGCAUUGUGGUGGGGACCGUCUUGAUCAUCCGAGGCCUGCGUUCAGUUGGUGCCUCCAGACACCAAGGGCCCUUGUGAAUCCCAUCCUGGAAGGGAAGUUUCAGGUGCAUCGCCAUCUACAGGAACAGAAGAUGGACUUGCUACAUGACCUAGCACUAUUUUCUGGCCAGAUUUAUCAUAUUUCCUUUUUCCUCCAAAUGUUUCUCCUCUCACCUCUUCUGUGGGACUUAAAUUGCUAUAUCCCCUCAGAGCUCAUAAAUUCCUUUGAAUUUUUUCCCUGACCUCCUGAUUUUUUCUUUUCUCAAAUGUUACCUACUAAGAUAUGCCUGGGGUAAGCCACCCAGCUACCUAAUUCUUCAUUAACCUCCAUCUAAAAUCUCCAUGGAAGCAACAAAUUCCCUUUAUGAGACCUAUGUCAAAUUUUUCCAUUUUUCAUCCAGGGUUGACUGAAACUAUGGCUAACAAUUGGUAGGCUCUUAUGUUUCAAGCCAAUUUAACCUCAUUUCCCAGAUCAUUUGUCAUGUCCAGUAACACAGAAGCAACCAAGUACAUUAUAGCCUGAUAAUAUGUUGAUUUCUUAGCUGACAUUAAUAUUUCUUUCUUCCUUGUGUUCCCACCCUUGGCACUGCCACCCACCCUUCAAUUCAGGCAACAAUGAAGUUAAUAGAUAUCCUCUGCCUUUGGCUCAGAAUUGUUACAGCAAAAAUUUUAAAAUCAAAAAUAAGUUUGUACUAAUGUCAA